CGCCAGUGCUAGGUGAGUCAAGGUAGUAAUUACCCGACCGUGGUGGUUUGUUUUCUGAAUGCGUCGCCACACGCCCCCUUCUGACAACUGAUUAGCAGUAAAGUAACAGUAGACUACAUAAGGUCUUGCGUUUCGCCUAUGAGGCGUUAAAAUGGCUCUGUGCGAGAAAGUUGCACUAGUUACUGGCGGAGCUCAAGGAAUUGGGAAAGCUGUGGCCGAGGCGCUGCUGAGGAGUGAAGUUAAGGUUGCAUUGGUGGAUCUGAACCAUUCUGUUGGAGAGGAGUGCAAGGAAGAAUUAGCAAAAGAGUUUGGAAAAGAAAAUUGUAUUUUCAUCCAGUGCGACGUGACUCAGCGCGACAAUCUUCAAGGUGCCUUCAAGACAACGGUGGAACACUUUGGAAGACUGGAUAUUGUAAUUAACAAUGCUGGGAUCAACAAUGAAAAGAACUGGGAAAAGACAAUUGAGGUCAAUCUGACUUCAGUCAUUCAGGGCACGUACUUGGCAUUGGAGCACAUGAGCAAAGAACAUGGCAAGGAGGGAGGUGUGAUCAUCAAUGUCUCAUCCAUGGCAGCUUUCCUACACUCCCCGCACCAGCCAGUGUACACAGCAACCAAAUAUGGAGUGAUCGGGUUCUCUCGAGCAAUGGCAGAUGCAUCUAUAGUGGGGAACUAUGGCGUCAGGAUAAACGUGGUGUGUCCAGCCUUUGUUGACACGACCCUCCUUCAAACAAUUGAGCAAGAGGACAACAUGGGGAAAUACUUUCAGUUCAAGGAUGAAAUCAAGCAGAGGAUGGACAAGUUUGGCGUGCUAAAGCCAUCACUGAUCGCAGAAGGAAUGUUGAAGAUUGUGAAAGAUAGCAAUCUCAAUGGUGCUGUGAUGAAGAUCACAUGUUCCAAAGGCAUUCACUUUCAUACCUAUGAGCCACUCUCUGCCUAAGACUCAGUUGGAGUGAGGCCAGAGUCUGCUCUGCUGCAGUAAUGGAUGACCAAACCACGUGUGUCUCCUCCACACCCAUGUUUUUUUAUGUUGUUUGUUUGUGUGCAAUGUCUUUGGGUAAGUGUCCUUAAAUGUCUUGAUGGACAGAGUCCAAAAUCAAAGACCCACAAACUAUGUUGCGUGAGUCUCAUGAAGAUUUGUAAACCAGUAAUUGUUUGAACAAACUGUGGGACCAUACAGUGUGUGGUUUAUUGUAGAUCCCGUCUCACCUGUUAUAAUGACUUUUUCAAAGGACCCAGGGAGAACUUAAAUGUAGCAGGAAUGAUGGGCUGUACUGUGUAUUGAUUAUAGCAUUUAUAAAACUUGUUCAUAUUUAUUUUGGUUUGUUUUUAUGAGAUUUGAAACAGAUUUUAUGUGAGUAACCAUGAUUCAAAGCUACAUUAUAUAUUGCAUAGAAAUUCAUAAUAUUUUCUUUUUAUCUAAAUUUGAUACUGUAUUGUGGCUGUAUCGCACAUUUAUCUGACAAUAUUUAAAAUAAAGCAAUAUUUAAUAUAUUUCAA